AAAGGGAGGGUCCUGGAGAAGCUGAAAAAGAACAAAAUAGACAGGAGGAGGCAGACAUGGGGCGGCGCUAUAAUGUUUUUAUAUGAAGGGGAAGUAUGGAUGUGAGUCCAAACACAGGUCCUCCUGUCUAAACUCUGGAGGGCAGAAGAAGAAGAAAACCAGGCUGCUGCUGCUCAGGGGGUUUUAACCAGCUGCUGGUUUUCCUGCUGCACAGAAGAGACGAUGGUUGUGCCUGUUCUCACAUCUGGGACGAGGACGCUGCGAGAGCUUUAGAAAAAGAUAUAUUCAUUAUCUUGAGAACAACUUUGAAUCGCAGCCGAAUCACAAAUACGUUCAAUAGUAAUCGGCAUGCUUCUCCUGCCGUUCUGCCGGUGCGUAAUUACUCCAGCCAGGAAAAUAAAAACAUAUUUCUAGGCUGUUUUGUGAAAACUUGCGGCUUAUUUCCUACAAUCCUUUAAAAAAAAAAAAAAUACACAUUUUAUUUAGUUUUCAACUCCUCCUCAAAAGCUGCUGACAUCGCAAAAAAAAAAAAAAAAAAAAAAAAAAAAACCGGCAAUCCUUCCUCUUCAGAUAAAGUGCGGCACGUUUCAGUGAACAUUGUCCUGUGCGCAGGGGGGGACGUGCGCACAAGGCGAUUCACGCGCAGUGGGGCAAGCAUCAGGUGCCGGGCGGAGGGCAGAAACAAGACAACUUGGACAAUAAAUUAAAAUAAUAAUAAUUAUAUAUAUAUAUAUAUAUAAGUGAAUUAAAAUGACGGACGGACCAAGACAACGGAGCAGCACGGCGGGCUCUGCCAAGGAUGCGGCCGCUGAGAAGGAGUCUGGGGGAGUUGCGCUCAAGAAGGAGAUCGGACUCGUGAGCGCAUGUGGGAUUAUAGUUGGUAACAUCAUCGGCUCGGGUAUCUUCGUCAGUCCGAAGGGAGUGAUGGAGAACGCCAGCUCUGUGGGCGUGGCCCUGGUCGUCUGGAUCAUCACGGGCGUCAUCACCGCCAUCGGAGCGCUGUGCUACGCCGAGCUGGGCGUCACCAUUCCCAAAUCAGGGGGCGACUACUCCUACGUGAAGGACAUCUUCGGAGGCCUGGCUGGGUUCCUCCGGUUGUGGAUCGCCGUGCUGGUCAUCUAUCCCACCAACCAGGCUGUGAUCGCCCUCACGUUCUCCAACUACGUCCUCCAGCCUCUGUUCCCCACCUGCUUCCCACCGGAGAACGGCCUGAGGCUGCUGGCUGCCGUCUGUCUCUUGCUGCUGACCUGGGUGAACUGCUCCAGUGUGCGGUGGGCCACCAGAGUGCAGGACAUCUUUACGGCCGGCAAGCUGCUGGCCCUCGCCUUAAUCAUCAUCAUGGGAAUCGUUCAGAUCUGCAAGGGAGACUACUACUGGCUGGAGCCGGCCAAUGCCUUCGAGCCCUUCCAGGACUACGACGUGGGUUUGAUAGCCUUGGCGUUCCUACAAGGCUCGUUCGCCUAUGGAGGCUGGAAUUUCCUCAACUACGUCACAGAGGAGCUGGUAGAUCCCUAUGUGAACCUUCCCCGUGCCAUCUUCAUCUCCAUCCCCCUUGUGACCUUCGUUUACGUCUUUGCCAACAUCGCCUACGUCACGGCCAUGAGUCCCCAGGAGCUGCUCGCCUCAAACGCCGUUGCCGUGACGUUUGGUGAGAAGCUGCUGGGAGUCAUGGCGUGGAUCAUGCCCAUCUCUGUGGCUCUCUCCACCUUCGGAGGAGUCAACGGUUCCCUCUUCACGUCCUCACGGUUGUUCUUUGCUGGCGCCAGAGAGGGACACCUCCCGAGCCUUCUGGCCAUGAUCCACGUGAAACGCUGCACCCCCAUCCCUGCUCUGCUCUUCACUUGCCUGUCCACUCUGCUUAUGCUGUGCACCAGCGACAUGUACACCCUCAUCAACUAUGUGGGCUUCAUCAACUACCUCUUUUAUGGAGUCACUGUCGCCGGGCAGAUCGUCCUGCGAAUUAAACAGCCCGACAUGCACCGGCCGAUCAAGAUCAGCCUGAUAUGGCCGGUCAUUUACCUCGUCUUCUGGGCCUUCCUGCUCAUCUUCUCCUUGUACUCGGAGCCCGUCGUGUGCGGCAUCGGGCUCGCCAUCAUGCUCACUGGAGUUCCUGUCUACUUCCUGGGGGUCUACUGGGAGAACAAACCGCAGUGCUUUGAUACCUUCGUUGACAAAAUGACGUACAUGGGCCAGAAGAUGUGCGUGGUUGUUUAUCCGGCCGAGACCGGUGGCAGCAGCGGAGGCGACGAGGAGGGGGAGGAGAUGAAGGAGGCGAAGUCUCCUCUCUCCGUGGAGGACGGAGACGACCACAAAGCACCGGAGUGUUGAAUCUGAGUUGUUGUUUUUUUAUUAUUAGCUGGUCCCUUAAGAAAAAGAAAAGAGAAAGAAAAAUGCAGACAGACACGCCAACAUGGGUUCGCUCUACAAGUGCAGACACAAUCCGAUUGAUUUCUCCAAGUGUCUUUUUAAUCAGUAAUGAUCUGAACCAAAUAUCAACACUUCAGCCGGGUGAGGUCCAUCAGAAGUGCAAUAAAGACGGGUUAGCACCUUCCGGUUCCUCAGUCCUCACAUCAACAUCGACAUUUUUAACCUUUUACAUUUUUUUUUUUAUUAUUAUUAUUAUUAUUUCCAGAGACUCUUACUGAACUGUGAUGGACGUUUGUCUUUUUGGUUUAUCCUUUGUCACUUUUGUAAAUUUCGCUUCGCGUCACAUUCAUCACAACAAAGCUGCAUUCUUGAUUUUCAACCACACAGAAGAUCCAGUUCAGAUCAUUUCGUGUUGUUUGAUUAUCGAUUUAUGGUUUACUUUUAAAGUGACUCAAUGAUGCCUCUUUUUUUUCAUAUUUGUUAAUAUCGCUCUUAAAAUUAUUCUUAUUGUCCAAUCAUCUUUGAUAUUUUCUACCAUCUAAACUUAAUUAAAUUUUUUUGGUGUUCUGUUUCUCUAACAUUCAUCUCACCUAAUUUUUAUUCCUCCAACUGCAGAUUUAUCUUGAUUGUAAAGUCGAUGUGGAAUUGGUUGUUGUGGUGGCAAAAAGUGCACAAAUUUUAUUACCUGCCUUAAUCAGAAUUACGGUAUUGUGCGCUUUAGUGCAAUUGUAGUUGUGUUUUGACAGAUGUGGAAAGAUUAUCAUAGCUUUUUUUCUCUCUCUUUCAUCAAAUUUUCUACAUAAAAGUGACACUAAGCCAGGGGUGGGCAAUCCUGGUCCUCGAGGGCCGGUGUCCUGCAACUCUUAGAUGUCUCUCUGGUCCAACAUGCUUG